UCGACGGUUUGCCAUAUCUAUGUGACACAUCGUUGUCGUUGGAGGUGUGGUUGAAAAUAUCUAGAAAUCCGUGUUUAUCUGUGUUUCAACGGCCAUAAAACAUAAAGAAAAAGAUUAGGAAGGCGAUUAAUCAUAGCUUGAACGCAACCCGAGUGUUUUAAAUACAGCAAAGGCAACAGCAGAGCAGCAACCAUGGCAGGGAGGCUACCGGCAUGCGUAAUCGAUGUGGGCACCGGGUACUCCAAGCUGGGCUUUGCCGGCAAUAAGGAGCCGCAGUUCAUCAUCCCCUCGGCGAUUGCCAUUAAGGAGUCUGCCCGAGUGGGCGACACCAACACACGGCGCAUCACAAAAGGCAUCGAAGACCUGGACUUUUUCAUCGGCGACGAGGCCUUCGAUGCCACCGGCUACUCAAUCAAGUAUCCGGUGCGUCAUGGUCUGGUGGAGGACUGGGACUUGAUGGAGCGCUUUCUGGAGCAAUGCGUGUUCAAGUAUCUGCGUGCCGAGCCGGAGGAUCACUACUUUUUGCUGACUGAGCCGCCUCUAAACACUCCGGAGAACCGCGAGUACACGGCAGAGAUCAUGUUUGAGACAUUCAACGUUCCUGGCUUGUACAUUGCCGUGCAGGCGGUGCUCGCCUUGGCCGCCAGUUGGGCUUCUCGAUCCGCCGAGGAACGCACUCUUACGGGCAUUGUGGUGGACAGCGGCGAUGGAGUGACGCACGUUAUACCAGUGGCCGAGGGCUAUGUGAUCGGAUCCUGCAUCAAGCACAUCCCCAUUGCCGGCCGAAACAUCACCUCGUUCAUCCAGAGCCUGCUGCGCGACCGAGAGGUGGGCAUUCCCCCGGAACAGAGCCUUGAGACUGCCAAGGCGAUCAAGGAGAAGCACUGCUACAUCUGCCCCGAUAUUGCCAAAGAGUUUGCCAAGUACGACACGGAGCCGGGCAAGUGGGUGCGCAAUUACACGGGCACCAACAUGGUGACCAAGCAGCCGUUCAGCGUGGAUGUUGGCCACGAGCGAUUCAUGGGACCCGAGAUCUUCUUCCAUCCGGAGUUCUCGAACCCUGAUUUUACCAUUCCCCUGUCGGAGAUCGUGGACAAUGUCAUCCAGAACUGCCCAAUCGAUGUGCGGCGUCCGCUGUACAACAAUAUCGUGUUGAGCGGUGGUUCCACCAUGUUCAAGGACUUUGGCCGGAGGUUGCAGCGGGAUAUCAAGCGAUCGGUGGACACACGCCUCAGGAUAAGCGAAAAUCUGUCCGAGGGACGCAUUAAGCCAAAACCCAUUGAUGUCCAGGUGAUUACGCAUCACAUGCAGCGGUAUGCCGUGUGGUUUGGAGGCAGCAUGUUGGCCUCAACGCCCGAGUUCUAUCAGGUGUGUCACACAAAGGCUGCCUAUGAGGAGUAUGGUCCCAGCAUUUGCCGUCACAAUCCCGUUUUCGGCACCAUGACAUAAUUGUUCCGAUCCAAUCGGCGUGGCCUGCAGCAGUUAUUAUUGAUUUAUCUUCCCAAUUUGAAAUUUGAUUAUAUGUAUUCCAAGCUAAAGUAUUAGUAAUGAUUCAAUUCUAUCUACUGUAUGUUGUGUUUACCUCCUAGUUUCUGUGUAAAUCGUUUAUGUUCUUUCAUUUUGUGUGAUUCUGUUAGAAAUUCCUAAACAACUCCGAUGUCUGCCAGUUAAAAUCAACUAAUUAAGAUGCAUUUUAUACCAUACUCAACCACAUACACACACAUACACAGACCGAACUGAGCUCUUUGGCAUUUUCCAUCCCCGCUCAAUACACUCUACAUACGGAAAGCUGUACUUGUCAUAGUAAUAUUUAUAAUUGCAACAACUGCAGAAAACUGAAUGAAUUGAACAAAGGGAAGAAAACGGUAAGAAAUAUUGAUGAGAAAUCUGUUUGUUACAUUGAUAAGCGUAAUUGAAAAGGCAUUAAAUAAAUCAAUAAAGCAUUCUUUAAGCUUAAAA